GGAGAAAAGGGUGAUAUAAGAGACUUAACCAAAAGUGCCAGAAUUAAAAAAUUAUGUACCGAUUUUGUAGUAAGAAGAAAUGAACUUAGUCAGUUUCACAAACUUGUAUUAUCACAAUUAGAAAUUAUAACGCAUAACCAGUGGAUUGAAGAAGAAUAUGGUAAAGAACGUGCGGUAAGAGACAUUAUCGAUGUACUUCUACAAGAAAUAAAACUAAAUGCACUUCGUAAGGUUUCUCAUAGCUCAGAAAAUUCUCUUGUAGAAAUUAUAGCUAAAAAUUGUAAGGUUCAACAACAAAAAGGGUCAAGAGGAAAUAAACUAGACCUUAUGAUUCGUAUGUUUGUCCACAAAAAAUGGGAAGAAAUUGUGUAUCUUAAGAGUGGGAAGUGGAACUGCAAUGAUGAAAAAAUUCAUGAUGAUCAUAACAAAUUAGUGCAAUUCUGUUUAGACGGAACAGAAGAGCUUUUUAAAAUUUGUAAAAAAGAAUCUCUUAAUAAAAAUUAUAUAGGAUUUGGUAUUAACAUUGCAGGUAAGUAUAUAGAAAUACAUGGGUUGAUACACGAAAAUGGUAUCAAAUAUUACCUUCCUAUUUUGCAGACAAAAAUACCUUUUGAAGACGAAUCAGUCGAUGAAGUAGAAGAAUUUGUACAUGCUUUAUUGAUUUUACGAGAAAUUGUGGAGGAUAGAAAAGCUGAACUGGAGAGGGUUAUUUCGAGGAAUUCCAAACUCAUUUUUGGAAAAAAUCCAGUAAUAUCUCAAUUUGAUCGAAGACGGCAAGAAAUUAAACAAAGUUGUUCUCCACUACCAUCUCAUGAGGAAACAAUAUCAUCACUAAGUUGA